AUUUUUGGUACCAUUAACGCUUGGAGAAGCAGAGCUAUUUUCAAACCAACUUUUAAUAGUGUUUUACCAGGUUUCCUUCCAGCUGUUGCUUUAUUUUCAGCAUACUGCGUCAUCGAAGCUGCCUAUGAUUCAGUCUCAAAACCAAAGAAAAUCGAAAAUAAUCAUUAA